AUGGCACAGCAGAUCCUCCUUGUUCCGCCUUCUGAGCGGACUCUUUCACAAGCAGAAAGCCUUGCGGUGGUUCAGAUCUUCCUCAACGCAUCGUUGGCCUGUAUUGCCCACACAAGGGAGCUGAUCCCAUGGACGUCGCCCUGCUUCCGCACGCGCCAUGUCGAUCAGCUCGCCCUUGAAGAUCACCCGCGUACUGGAGGGAGUUUGUAUUCUGCUUUUCAGGCUCUCGCUUCGCAAACAGCCGCUGAAGGUCAAGAGAUCAAAAUCCUCGUCCGCGGAGGGCACCGACACGCUGAUCAAAUGCUUGAUAUGCUUGAGCAAGGAGUAUUUGAGGCCUUGGAUCGAGGUUUUCUGGACAGCCUUCGAGUGUUUGUGACUCAGACCACAGAAAAGCAACCAGUCGUCGUCGAGACCUACCAUUUCGUCUUUGCGUAUGACUUUGGCCGGGUUACCAGUGUCCGAUUGAGUCCAACGGAUCAGGGGUUCGUCUUGGAGAAUGUACACAAAAGUUUCAAGGCUGCGAUACGGGCGUUGCUUCGCUCACUGAGGGCCUUGCCCCGUCUCCUAGCCCACCGUAAGUUAGGAAUGAGUCUGACGUACAACGAGACAUGUCCUAUGGUAUAUCAGCCACCAGGCUUCGUGGACAAAGAUAACUGCCAAGAGGCGGAAGGCUCGGCAAUGUGUGACGCGCUUCUGAAAGGAGAUGAAGAUGUCGUCGGUGUGCUGGAAUGUGGGCACCACCAAGUGCGUGUUGCAGUCCGCCUUCAAGGUGCGAAAGGAGAAGAAUCCUCAAUUGAUGUGCAAGACACGGAAAUGAGCAGACGACUGCAGGCAAUGCAGAAGACUUCCUCCAGCCACAGCAACAAUCUAGUCUCUACGUUGAGAGAUUCAUUUCCUAGAUCAAAACGCCCUAGGGAAGGCCCAAUACCUAGUGCGAAGCGUGUGAGGGCCGCUGGUCCUGGGAACCCAUCGAGCAAUGACACCGCGCCACAGAUUACCAAGGCAUAUCUGCUGAUAGGGCCGGAAAGCCUUGAGAAGUCGAGUUUCGCAGAGCCGGAGUCGCCUCAAUUGGGAGACACGUCCAGAGAUUUCGCUGCUCUUGCGAAAAGUUCGCCGAAGGGACAUGGUCUCUGUCUCCGUAUCACCAAGCUUACGGAGCUUCUCAUACACUGCUUUGCCAUUCAGAGCGGAAAGACAGAUGAAAAUGGGAAUGUGUUUGAUCAAGACCUGCUGGCCGAAGGAAAGAUCAAGCGGCUCAGUCGAUGUAGUCGCGUCAACUGUGAAUGUGGAAGUCGGCAUAGAUCAGGUCCGAUGCUCUACUGCGAAGUAUGCGACGGUUGGCAACAUAGCAAAUGCUACGGCUGCGACGAAAGCUUCGCAUCUGGUACUACAACUAUGCCCAUGGAGCACUUCUGCUAUACAUGCCUGCUGUUUUCUGAAGGACUAGACGCACCGAAUUCUCCCUUACUCAUUAUUAUCUUGCGCAUGGCUGUGGGUUAUCUCACAACUAAGCCUGGUCUGGGAUUGCACCUCGAUGAAAACUUCCUGGAGACGCAACUGAAACCUCCCCGCUGGACGAAAAAGGUGCUUGGCCAGGCAAUGGAGCGACUUGUAGAAGAACGUCUCCUCGUGCCGCGGGAUGGUCGGCUCUUCGAAGCCAGAUCGCUCAGCGACUCGGAGAUAUCGCAGAUCAAGGAGCAAUAUAUGAGCGCAUUAGCAUCAAUAGGGGAUCUCUAUGAGCCAUUUGCAAACCACGAAAAUACGCAAAGGGGCAAGGACACCGUCAACUUGCUCAAAGCGUAUGCUCGUGGAAAUGAUCAUACGACAGCAGAAGGGUGCGAAAAGCUGAUAGCGUACGACGAGUUUGGCGAUCCGGUGUUCCGUUGGGGAUAUCGUUUCAAUUCAACGAUCCCCUUUUCAGAGGGCUCCGUUGUCGACGAUGGAACAGCGACGCCAGUACGUCGACGAAAGAUCAGUAUCUCGCGCAUGUUGAUCAAGAUUGACGGUUCUCCCUCUGCUACAAGUAUGAGCCUCGGAGAAUCAACAAGUCGAUUCCACGACAGGGGGGACAACACUGAUUUCAGCACUGCCGUCUCGAUCGCGACCGCCGUCUGA